AUGGAUGAAUCGUCACUGACGUUGUUGCUGCUCUUGGGAGUAUCUUCAAUAUUGACCACAAGCUAUGGUUUCCAAUCAUCAACACCAAGUCCUCUUUCACGACAAUCGGUUUCGGCACCCCCAACAAUUCCCGUUUCCUCCUCCUUUUCGUCGUCGUCGCUUCUUUUGGCAUCCGAAACGCAAGAUGAUACUUCUGCUGCUGCAGAACGAAAUCUAAAUGACGACAACGACAGCAAUAUUUUGGAAGAUGCCGAUGGAUUGGGGCAGGUUUUGGUCGCGGAUGCAAUCAACUUGGAAGACAACGAGGAUCUCAUGGUGCAACUAAUGAUCGAUGUCGGAGAAGAAGCUGAAAAGGCUAGUCAAGAGAUUAUGGACGAUUCUUGUGAAGUGGACGUCGACGAGAAUGGUAAUAUCAUUGUAGACGAAUUGUGUGUCGAUGAAGAAGCCAAGAGCGGAUUCCGUGCCAAGUUGAAAAAGACCAUUGGCAAGACGCUGCAGAUGGUCCGUGGAAUGCCAGCAGAACAAGAAGAGGAGGAAGUCGAAGAAUUGGCCGCUGGCGAUAUUCUAGAGGCCGGAUGGUCCAAACGUGGAGGAUCCUCGGCCCUCCGCCGAAAUGCCGAAGUUUGGAAGUUUGCCCUCAACUGUGUCUUUCGUGUGCUCAAGCCACGUUCCAUGCGCAAGAAGGGAGCCUCCGAGGAAGAGAUCCAACAAGCUCAAAUUGAUGCGGCCACCUUCAUCCGUGACGGAUUGGUCAAGUUGGGUCCCACCUUUGUCAAGCUUGGUCAAGUCAUUUCCACAAGAAGUGAUGUGCUACCAAAAACCUUUAUUGAUGUCCUAAAGACCCUUCAAGAUGAUGUUCCAGCCUUUGCCGGUGAACGGGCCAAGGAAAUUGUUUCGGCCGAACUUGGACGUCCCUUUGAUGAAAUCUUUACCGACUUUUCGGAUGAACCCCUAAAGGCUGCUAGUCUCGGUCAAGUACACACUGCCAAGUACAAGGGACAAAUGGUUGCCAUUAAGGUGCAACGAGCUGGAUUGAAGGAACUCUUUGAUGUCGAUUUGAAGAAUCUCAAAAAGCUUGCCGUCCUAUUGGAUAAGUUCGACCCCAAGACGGACGGAGCCGAUCGCGACUGGGUCAGCAUUUACGAAGAAUCCGAGCGUCUAUUGUAUCUGGAAAUUGAUUACCUCAAUGAGGCAGACAAUGGUGAACGCUUUGCCAAGGACUUUCGGGACGUUUCGUAUGUCCGAGUUCCUCGCUUUUAUCGAGAACUGUCAACACCUCGUGUUUUGACCAUGGAGUUUGUGGAAUCCUUCAAGUUGACUGACAUUGACCGUAUUGAAAACAUUGGUUUGGACCGAAAGGUUUUGGCCAAGCGCACAGCAGAUGCCUUUCUUCGCCAAAUUGUAGAAACCUCUUACUUUCAUUGCGACCCACAUCCGGGAAACCUGUGUGUCGAUGACAAGGGAAAUUUGGUAUACUAUGAUUUUGGCAUGAUGGAUGAAUUGAAGCCCAAUGUCCGCGAAGGAUUCCGAACUUUUUGUUCGGCGCUCUUUGCGGGAGGUCCCAUGAUCAGUGAUGCCGAGCUGGCCAAGAAUGCCAAGAAGCUAGUUGACGGAGUGGAACAGGCCGGUGUGUUGGCCCGUGGUGCGGAUCGCUUGGCCGUGGAAAAGCUGGCUCGUUUCUUCAUGCGCAGCUUCAAGGACAACCAAUUGGGAAAGAAGGGUUCCAACAUUAAGGAAACCUUGGGAACGGACCUUCAAACCUUGACCGAGAAUGAUGUGUUCCGUUUCCCCAGUACAUUCACCUUUAUCUUCCGUGCCUUUGCCAGUGUCGAAGGUAUUGGAAAGGGUUUGGACAGCGACUAUGAUAUUGGAAAGCUAGCUCAGCCCUUCAUUGAAAAGUUCACUGACGCCCAAAAAAAUUAUUCGAGUGAAGCCGACAAGAACUUGUCCAUUUUCCGCAAGGCAACAGGUCUGAAUAAGGAAGACAUCGAGACCGCAGUUACAUCUCCAAGAAAGAUUGCUUACAUUGAAGAAACACUUCGUUCCAUGGAAGCUGGUGGGCUCAAGAUCCGAGUCCGAUCCUUGGAAAACGAGAAGGCUCUGGAACGAAUGGCUCUCACCCAAGCCCGAACGGAGCAACUUCUCUUGGCAACCAUGGCUUUGAACUUUGCUGGUUUUGCCACUAGAGCUGUAGCCAGCUAUGGUGGGUAUGCUGGUUUUGCCUUUUUUGCCAUUCAAGCUUUCAUGGCAAACACAAAGGUGAAAAAGUUUGACAAGACACAAGCAAAGUUCGUCCAAACGAAGUUUGAAGGGGAUGAGUAA